AUGGCCAACAGGGCCUGGCGUCCGUUACCAACACCACCUGUCGGAGCACCAUAUCGUGUCGAGCCUGGUCACAGCGACAUGUACUCUUUCGCGAAUCAAUACCACGAUCUCCAUCCAUACCCUAGCCAAUUCGUAGCGAUGCCUCCAACUUCUCAGUUUGACGUCCCAACACCUUCUCUGAGAGGCGGCACUCUGUUGCAUAAGGGUUUCUACGACUUGCUUUCUAUGAUUCCUACGCCAUCUCCAUCGCGGCUCUUAUGGGGGAACCAGGACUCUCAGCAACCGAUCGCCGGGCCCAGGUACGAAGAGUUGCCGGUGCAGAAGCCUGCCACUUCGCCGCCCCUUCCGGUCACCAGUUCUCCGCCUCUCUCCGCUGCCCCUGCAACGCCGCGACGCGGCAGGCGGAUCAGUAAGGACAUGGUCUCAAAACCGACCGGAUUCGUUCAUCUUGUGCACGCUUCCGAUGCUGAUCAGUUUGAGGCAUUGCUCAGACGCUGGGGACCAGACGGUCAAGGGAAGCUCCCGGAUCCGUCCUGGGCUCUUCCGAUCAAGAACCGUGUUCGCCAAACCAAUCAGGCCCGCGCCGUGAACGAAGUUAUUAACGCUCUCGAGCCUACUGCGAGUGUGAUCGCCCCUGGACAGGCGCAGCUGCGUGUGGUCAAUAAUCCUAGUGUCCUUACUUCGUCGACUAUCACCACCGGCGCUGUAGAGAAUCAACCUUUCACGCCAAUAACUCCGACAAGCCUUGAAGGUCUACCUGGUCGGCCCGGGCAUUCAACUAUACGUUGGGCUGGCGGACUCAUGCCGGUGCAUCCUGAAACUGCUGAGCACGAAGACGACCUUGUUCCUGUUGCGGAUUCUGAAAUGGACACGUCAAUCGCGGCCCCUCCACGAGCUAUCAACCCAUCGCUUUCUACGCUUGAGAAGGCAGUAGCCUGUCGGAUCUACUUCGAGAAUCUAUAUUUCCCGUUAUUACGCCAGCCCCCCUCUCGUGAGCAACGCCGUCUGGCUAUGGAGCGUGAUAUGGCGGCCAUGGGCUUGUCUGAAGAUGCGAAGGAUGCGCUUCGCGCACGCUGGCGUCAGAACGAGACCGAAUAUCUGCGGGAGAAGCGUCGAAAGGUUGAUGUAAGCGCCUUCAUCAAGCUCAAGACUAUUGGACACGGAGCGUUCGGGGUCGUUUCGCUCGUUAAGGAAAGAACUACCGGACAGUUGUAUGCGAUGAAACAGCUUCGGAAAACGGACAUGUUGCGCAAAGGGCAGGAAGGACAUGUUCGUGCUGAGCGCGAUAUUCUCAAGUCUGCUGCCCUAGUCGCCUCUCCAGGCGGCGGGGAGUGGAUUGUCAAACUCCACUACAGCUUCCAAGAUCGCGAUAACCUCUAUCUGGUUCUUGAGUACAUGGGAGGAGGCGAUCUCCUGAACCUCCUGAUCGAACGCGAUGUAUUCCCGGAAGAUUUCACGCGCUUUUAUGUUGCCGAGAUGGUCCUGGCUAUUCAAUCUUGCCACAGGCAUGGUUUCAUACACCGCGACAUCAAACCGGAUAAUUUCCUGUUCGAUCCUGAUGGUCAUAUCCGCCUCAGCGACUUCGGUCUUGCCACGGACCUUCACUGGGCUCACGACACUUCAUACUAUGAGCAACAGCGACUCCACCUUCUCCGCAAACAUGGAAUCGAUCUAGAAGAUAGCCUCGGCGACGGCACACGCACAAAGCGUCUGGAUCGUCUGGAUAUCGACAAACUCAUGGGUGGAGACGGAAAGGGGGGCAUUUUCACUUGGAGGGAGAAAAAUCGUAGGAAGCUGGCCUACUCGGUCUGCGGGACGAAUUCGUAUAUGUCUCCGGAGGUUAUUCGCGGCCAGGGAUACUCUUACGGUUGUGAUUGGUGGAGCCUGGGCGUGAUAAUGUAUGAGUGUUUAUACGGCUUUCCGCCUUUCGUCAGCAAAUCUCGCCACGUCACACGGCAAAAGAUCCUCAAUUGGAGACAAUCGCUUCGCUUUCCGAAUAAGCCUGCUGUCUCGCGCGAGGGAAUCGACCUCAUGCAACAGCUGCUGCGCGAGCCCGAAGAUCGCUUAGGUUCGCAAGCGGCGUCUUCCACGAUCCGGCCAAACUCGCAGAUCGUGAAUGCUCGCCGCAGCGGCUUUCUGGCCGCCACCCCAGGGGCCAGCAACGAUGGCGCCGACCUGAUCAAGGCCCACCCUUGGUUCCGUGGAAUCGACUGGCUCAAUAUACACAGAUAUCCCGCUCCAUAUCGCCCCGAGCUGACGAACCCAGAAGAUACCCGACACUUUGAUGACGAUAUUCCAGCUGAGCCGCUAGCCCCGGCUAACGGUGCACCACCUGAUGCGACUCGAGACCCUCUCUUGCGUGACGAGGUCCACGGUGCAGAGAUCCUACGCGUACGCAAGGAGCUCGCAUUUGCUGGAUUCACACACAAGAGUCCCCGCGCAAUCAGCUACAACCGCCUGUCACGCGUCUUCAACCCGCUCCCCGACUCUUAUGGAACCGAACUUCCAGAACAAGGCCUCGAGGACGAUUUGGUCAAGACGCCCCGCGGUCGCUCGGCUGUUCGCGUCGAUGCUGAGAUCGGCAAAGGUCGUGCGAUCUCGCUGUAG